AUGCCCGUUUACGAUAUCGCCGCACGGAAGCGAAACAAUCUGCUGCGCCGUCGGGAGGAGGAGACAGCGCACGCAGAGGACGACAAAGCUCACUCCCCGGAUGAGGACGAGGAAGAGGAGGACUUUGAGGAUGAUGAAUAUGUAGACUCUGAUGAAGAGGUAGAAGAGAUGGAGGAGGCGCCCUCGAAGGAGCCAGCGGUUUCGAAGAAGGGAGCAGCCGACGCUGCAUCCAAGUCGGCUGCCACUGCUGCUUGUGCCACCCGCGUGGAGUUUAGUGAGCCGGCGCAGUGGGUGGAGCGCAUGGCCCUCACGUCGACCCGCUCCCUCCCGAGCGACCUCAACGCCGAUGACGACCCAAAGCGCGAGGAGGCGUUUAUUCAGCAGACGCUGCUAUCCGUGACACGUGGCAUCUCGCUUCUGGAGGAGGCUAAUGUGCCCUGGAAGCGACCGGAUGACUACUAUGCCGAAAUGUACAAGAGUGACGUGCACAUGAAUGAUGUGCGGCAGGCGAUGGAGGCCUCGAAGGCGCGCAUAGAGGCACAAGCGCACCGCCGCUCCAUGAAGGAGCAGAAGAAGUACGGCAAGGAGGUGCAGGCAGAGGUGCUGCGACAGCGUGCCAAGUACAAGCGCGACAUGCAGGAGAGCUUGAGUGACUGGCGCAAGAAGCGACGCGGUAAUGGCUCGCUGCAAGACAUGUUGAACGACGACGAUGACGCCGAUAGGGACGCAAAGCGCUCCAAGGUGCAGCGCACCCCUCGGGCGCGCAAUCUUCGCCCGGGCGGCAACAAGCGACCUGGCAAGAACGCGCGCCGUCGUCGUUGA